AUGCGCGGUGAGCCGAGUGACGCCGGCCGGGCGUGGGGGCGGCGGGGCGGGGCGCGGGGCGCUGCCCCGUGGGUCGGGCCGGGCGGGAGGAGGAAGCGAGACGGGCCGGGCCGGGCGCAGCCGCAGUCGAUGCCCCGGAGGAAGGCGGUGCCGGCGCUGGGCAGCCUCUGCCUGCAGAGCUUGGUGCAGCACAUGCAGAGCGUGUGGGUGAAGGACUACAGCGAGAACUACCUGGAUGAGUACAGCUUCCGCUUCGUUAUGGGCCCCUUCAACGACCUGGCCGGCAGUUUGGUGCAGGACCUGAUCCGGCUGCUGGGCGAGAGCCGCCGCCUGUCGCGUGCUGCGCUGCAUCUGCUGCUGCUGCCUCACCUGCAGGAGCUCAGCCUGCAGCACUGCCACAGCCUGGUCAGCAACGCCAUCGGGCAGCUCAUCACCGUGCGCUGCAAGAGCCUGAGCGCGCUGGACCUGCACGGCUGCAGCCGGCUGUCGACCGACGUGCUGGUGGACCUGGUGGAGGAGCUGCCCCUGCUGAGCCGCCUGGGGCUGGCGGAGACGCAGGCCAACGUGCAGGUGCUGGCGGCCGUGGGCUCCUCCUGCCGCCGCCUGCGGGAGCUGGACGUGUCCCGCUGCAGGAAGGUGACUCCGCGCGCCCUGCGGCACCUGGCCUACGACCCGCUGGAACGGACCCCGGGCUGCCCGACGCUCCGCGUCCUCCUGGCGCGCGGCUUGGAGCCGGCGGGGGACGACGCGGUGUCGGCGCUGGCCUUCGUGCUGCUGGCCCUGCCGCUCCUGGAGGUGCUGGCGCACGGCGACGCGCCGGCCGCGCUCGGCCUCCUGCACGCGGGGCGGCUCGACGGCACCGGCGACGCCGACGGCUUCCCCUCGCUGCGGGAGCUGGCGCGCCGACGCGGCGGCCCUCCGCUCGCGCUGCCCCUGCGGCGCCUGGAGGAGCUGACGGAGCCCGAGCUGGCGGCCGCCCGCGCCGUCUGCCCCGACGCCGAGGAGGUGACCGCGUGCCUCGGGGACGGCGCGACGGACGGCUGGGACGCGCUGCUGAGCUGGAGCCGCCUGGCCCGCCUGGGGCUGUCGUGUGCGGGGCCGCGGGGCCGGGCGCUGUGCGAGGCGCUGCCGCUGGCGCGGGGCCUGGGCUCGCAGCUGCGGAGCCUGGCGCUGCACGGCUUCCUCUUGGAGGACGAGCUCGCCCUGUGCGCGCUGCUCGGCUGCUGCCCCAACCUGCGGGACUUCAGCGCGGAGCUGCAGCCCCCGCCGCGCGGCCGCCCCGACGCCGAACCGCCCGAGGAGCCGCCGCGGUGGGACACGGAGCUGCUGCCCCGCGAUCUGCCCCGCCUGCAGCGCUUCUCCCUGGCGCUGCCCGGGCCGGUGCCGGAGCCUCACGGGCUGCUGCUGCGCGCCACGUUGGCGUCGCUGCUGUGCCGCUGCCCGCGCCUGCAGAGCCUGCGCCUGCUCGGCAUCGCGCUGCCGCUGGACUCCGUGUUCGAGACGGUGCUGACGGCCCCGGGGCCGCCGCUGCAGGAGCUGCAGGAGCUCUCGCUGGUCGAGAGCCGCGUGUCCGGGCGCACCGUGCGGCUGCUGUUGGCCUCCGACGGCUGCCUGCGCCGCCUCGACGUGUCCCGCUGCCGCGAUGUGCACCGCCGCGACUACGACGGCUUCCUGCAGGCCGUGCGGAAGCAGCGGCUGGACCUGGACAUCAUCUGGGAGUAACGCUCGCACCGAGGCCUUUAAUAAAGCGCUUACACCGCG